UGUUAACUGCAAGGUGAAACAGAAGAAGCAGUGACCCAUUGACAUUCAGUUACUAAUUAACUUUCUCUGAGAAUGGCAUGCUAUAGACACACCUCACACCUGCAACCUUUGCACAACCUACCUGCCAUUUCCUUAAUCUUGGAAAUGGCUAACAAAAAUGAACCUGUCCAUGAUACAAUGUGACGUCUGAAGAGAAAAAACUUCAGUUUUGAUAUAUUUUUAAUAACCGGAAGAACCAAAUCUCAGGAAGCAGGAAAACAUGGGGUCUGCUACACACACAGUGUGUGUGCUCCUGUGUUUUUGGGUCUCAGGAUCAUGCUACACACUCCAGACCGUGGGUCCAUGUACGGUCAACAGAGAGACGGCUGCAUUUGACUGCAGUGGGAAAACACUUACGUCAAUACCGCAGCACAUCUGGAUGAAUGUGACCGAGUUGGAUCUGUCUGACAAUCUGUUAGACUUAACCCACAGUGACAGCUUCAAGCGCCUGAACCUCUUCAGCCACUUGGUCACACUGAACCUAUCAGGCAACUACCUCCCUCUACUGUUAAAAGACCAUCUUCACAGCCUUUCUUCUCUUAAAGUACUAGACCUGAGUAGGUGCAAACUGGCCGCGGUGGAGGCGAACGCUCUGACCAGCCUCUCCAGUUUACAGAUGCUCUUCCUGGGGAACAUUCCAUCUGCUGCAGUUCAAGACCUGAGACUGAAUCAGUUUGUUCAACUCGGAGGAGAACCGAAUAACAGACAGGAAGUGGGAAACAGAGUAAAGUUGAUCAGAGACUCAAAGAGCAUGACACAGGAUGACCACAAUGAUGGAUAUUCUAAAGAUGUCAACCAUGGAGCCUUCCUCCGUAAACUACUCGCAGUGGAAACAACUGCAAACACUACAACCACAACAAAUAAUGGAACAAAGACCACAGGCAUUAAUGAUCCAAAAACGUCUUCAGAGAGCUGGAAGGUCCUUGUGGCUGUUCUGGUGUCAGCUAUCACCCUCUCUGUUCUUAUCGCUUUGAUGGCCAAAUUCAAAGUUGUGCACAAGUAUCUGGCAAGCUACAGACACUCCAGGCUCAGCGAAGUAGACGCCACGAGUCAGUGUGACACUGCAAACUUUGAGGUGGGAUUCUCGAGCCACGGUGGCCCAGGGACUCGCGCAGCUGCAUCUACCAAUGAAAAUGAAGAGGAUGAUGAUGGGUUUAUUGAAGAUAACUAUAUACAAGCGAGUGAGAGUGAGAGAGCCACAAGAGCAGCAGCAGCACUGACUGAUGAUGAUGAGGAGGAGGAGGAGGAGAUUGAAUUUAGUAUUGGUUAGCCUCAUUAAGUCUAAUCUUAUUUGGUAAUAUUUAUAAUAACUUGCAUUAAUAAGUUACUAACAAACAUUCAAUAUUUCAUAAUUAUUAGUUAAACUGUUCAUUGAGAAAAAAUGAAUAUACAGUGCCCCCAGCCUAUCUAAUGCAAUGAAAUUGUGCCAAAUAGAUUCUUGGGACACUUUAUGAUAGUAUUUGAAAAUAUAUAAAUCAAAGUUUAAUUACAUUUGAAUGUAGGCCUUAAUGAACUAAUGAUCUGUUAAGCAUUUUAACAUGUUUGUUAACAUUAUUAAUGAAAGUUAUUAUAAAACUUUAUUUUAAAUCAUGAUAUUAAUAAUCAUUAACGCUUAAAAAUUUGUCCUUCUCUAAUUUGCAUUUACAUUUACUAUUAAUUGCCUUCUGGAC